AUGCAGGCAUUUAGGGAUCAGACAUAUACAAACAGUCUUGAGUUUUGGCGGUUUGUGUUGCUAGCACCCACAUUGUUGAAGCCAUUGACGAGCCAUGUGCAAGACGCAUCCUUUAUCGUGCGAUCAAGGCCAUUGGACUGUGUAGGCUUGUUACGUGCAUGUGAUCAACAAGAGACAAACACGAGAGUAUUGGAAGCCGAAUGGAUGUCUGCCUUCACAGUAUGGGAUACUUGUUGGCACACUAUAUGGCCAUCAUCCAACCGGAUGAUCCGUUCAAAUAAGGAGAACGUUGAACGUAUUGUGUUGUAUUUUCAUGGUGGUGCUUAUUGUACCAUGAGUGCCCAAACCCAUCGUACUCUCACCCAUAAAAUAAGUAAGGCCACUGGUAGGAGGUGCUUCGUUGUGAAUUAUCGCUUGGCCCCUGAAACUAAAUUCCCCGGUGCCUUAUAUGAUGCCGUUCAAGCUUAUCUGCAUUUGAUUGAUCCUGAUGAUGGCUAUUGUUUCGAUCCAAAACGUAUUAUGAUCAUGGGUGACUCUGCUGGUGGUGGAUUGGCUCUUGCAAUGAUGCUGUACCUACGUGAUCAUGGAUUACCGUCUCCAGAAGGUGCCUGUUUAUUAUCGCCAUGGGUAGAUUUGACUUUUUCGUAUCCAAGCUGGGAUAGUGCAUCUCUCUUUGAUUAUCUACCUAACAAUCCUGAUAAGCUGACAGAUAUGAAUCCACAAAGGCUGUAUCUUGGUGAUGAUUGUACUCCAGCCAACCUGAAGCAUCCCUAUGUAUCUCCUUUAUUUGCCGAUCAUUUUGAACACUUGCCUCCCAUCAUGAUUCAGUCUGGAGGUUGUGAAUCUUUACGUGACGAAAUCGAUGCCAUUUAUCAAAAGAUUAAUCAAUCCAAAACAACAUUUAUUCAUAAUGAAGUGUAUCAAGAUAUGGUACACGUAUUUCAAGCAUUCCCAUUUGGAAAGACUGUGGAUGAAGCUAUAGCAAGUAUUGGUUGGUGGGCUCGAAUAGGUGCCUCGAUGAUCUCUAAAUAUCAAGUCAAACAGCAAGCGACUUUUUCCUAUUUACCAUCAUCAGCCGUCUCCAAUGCAAAAGGAUUGAUCUUGUCUUCCUUUUUCAAAAGUGAAUCUUCUCCUCCAUUACCUCUAGGUCGUCGCCAUCGUAGUAUCGCUGGUUAG